AUGCCUAAACAUUUGAAAUGUCAUAUGGUAACAUAUACGCUUGUGUACCUUCUAGUUCUGGGUGAAUAUAGAUCUAUCAAUGGGUCUAAUAACGAUAAGAACAAUUUAGGAAUGGCAAACAUGUCAUUCGUUCGUGAAAAAAUUACUACAUAUUUCUACUACAAUAAUACAAACUUUACUAUGAUACUUACUCCUGGAAAUUAUGAUAUUCCUCUUUUGCCUAUAAACUGUGCAGACCCAUUACCACCACAGAAUUUCCCGUUGCCUAGAUGCGUUAGCAAUAAACUUCAUUCAUUUCAAUUAAAGCCGCAAGAUUCUUAUAAUUUGACACAAAUGUCUCGGUUUAAAUCGAAAAGAAGAUAUAAUCCUUUUCUUGGCCCAAAUCUAACAAUUACUCAACAAAGUUUACCAUUCAAUCGUUCAUCAGGAGCAAAUUUCUUAGCAAGAAAUCAAGGCACUCCUUUUCUUGACGCGUCACAAAUUUAUGGAAUUACAGAUUGGAAGCUUCGUAUGAUUCGCGAUUACGGAAACAAAGGAAAAAUGAAACUUGAUACAAAAGGGAUAUCUGAUGAUUUUGCUUUUGGUUAUCCACCAAAGGAUCCACUUACUGGCGAUUACAUAUAUGGAUAUACCCCAAACAAAAGUAGAAAUGCUUUCACAGAUAUGCUAUUCACUAUUUUUUUACGUGAACACAACCGAAAAUGUGAUGAAUUAUUUGCGAUUAAUCAUGCCAAUUGGGAUGAUGAAAAAUACUUUCAAGAAGCGCGAAAAUGGGUUAUUGCACUCAUACAAAAAAUAACCUUUUAUGAGUAUGUUGGUAUUCUAUUGGGUGCUCCAUUACCUGCAUAUAAAGGUUAUAAUGCAAGCCUACCACCAGUAAUUGACUCAUUCUUUGCCACACAAUGCGUUAUGGCCACAGUGAAUGACGAAUAUCCAAUUGUUGAUAGUAAUGGAUAUACAACCCAUAUUUUGAAAUUAAACCAGCUUCAAGAAUCUCAUUUACUUGAAAAGUAUGGUGUUCCAACGCUUGCAGCAUCAUUGUCUCUUCAAAUGCAAGAUGAAGUGGAUAUAUUUAUUGCUGAUCAGAUGAGAUAUUUCUUGUACAAAACCGAGCUCAUGGAUAUAGCGAGUAUUGAUAUUGCAAGAGGUCGCGAUCACGGUGUCCUAUUAUAUAAUGAUGCCAGAGAAGCGUUUAAUUUAAGUAGAGCCAAAACUUGGUCUGAUAUCUCAUCUGAUCCACUUACGCAACAACGUUUACAAGACGCAUAUGGCUCCGUUGAUCUAGUUGAAGCCUUCCCGGGUGGUCUUGCCGAAGAUCAUGUUAAUGGUUCAAAUCUUGGUCCUCUAUUUUAUGCUAGUUAUGCGGAUCAGUGGACUAAAAUACGCGAUUUUGAUAGGCUUUGGUAUGAAUCACCGGAAGCUGGAUUCACACAAGAUGAAAUAGAUACAAUUCAUAAUACAACCUUAGCAAUGGUAAUUAAUCGUAAUAUGCCAAGCUACGCAUCUAUGCCACAAAACAUAUGGAUAGUUCAACCUCUCGCUGUUCCCAAUGUUACCACCACAACGAAUCAAUAUCCACAAUUUAACGUUUUAAGAUUUUCCAACACAUAUCAAGUUCAAUGGAGGAUUGAUGGUCCCGACAUUUACUUACUAAUGACAAUGCAAAGCACAAAUGCUUGGUUCGCCAUUGGAUUCAACCCGUCAGAUAAUGGCAUGACGGAUGCUGACAUGAUAAUUGUAUCAGUUAAUUCUUCUUCAAACGUAAUCGUUGGUGCUUACAAAUCCACUGGUUACCAACGCCCUACUGAAGUCGAUAAUAGUUUUAUUACUGUUUUGAACAAAACAAUUAUUGGAGGGUACACUCAAGUGGAAUUAAAACGUCCCCUUAUAGCACCUAAUAAAAAACCAAUUACUGACUCAUCGACAAAAACAAUUCUCGCUUUCAAUCCAAAUAGUUAUCAACUAAAUUAUCAUGGCGGAAAUCGAGGACUCAUGCUAGUUAAUUUCUUUACAGGACAAAGUAGUCCUUUUUCUGGUACUAAUGUUGUACAAAGUGGAAAUAUGCAAUUGUGUCAUGGAAUUGGAAUGUUUUUAAUUUGGUGUGUUUUAUUCCCAGUAUCGAUAUGGAUAGUAAGAUAUACGAGACAUAAAGAUACAUACAUGUUUGAGCAUCGUAAUCUUCAAAUCAUUGGUGGAGUUUGUGUUGCUGUGUUCGGUGCCGUAGCUAUGUCAUCGGUUACGGUACAAUUUAGAGUUCCUCAUGGAAUGUAA